AUGCCGCCUAGAUUACGGCUCACAAAUGGCCGCAUCUCGCAGUCGUUUCGACGACAGAGACCCGUCUGCCAAUUCGAGUUGUCAAUCGUUGCUCGGAGUGCAAGCACUGCGGCUACAGCAACUACCCCAGCGCCGUCAAUGGAACAGAUGACACGGUCCGCUGCUCCGAUCGCCAGAUACCCUCCCUCUCAGCCUCCAUCUCACCGCAAUCCCGAGUACCGACGAUCACAGCUUCUCCGACAAUACACAUCGCUAAUCCGUACUACCCCUUUGAUGGUUCUUUUCCAGCAUGACAACCUUCAAUCUGUGGAGUGGGCUGCGAUCCGACGAGAAUUGAGCAAGGCUAUGCACAAGGUUGAUGAGCAGAUUGCUGCCGAAGGACGAACAGCUGCACCACUUGCGCCUCACAUCAAGGUGCAAAUCGUUCAGACCAGCAUCUUCGAAGUGGCUCUGCGUAUUGUCGAAUACUUCCGCCCUAGCGAGGCCACAGUGGCCAGUGGCAAGCCUCCCAGGGCCGUUGACCCUGUCACACAGACAUCCGCCGAGAUUCCCCUGUCAGGAUCAAGGGACGAUCCCGCUCUGAGCCAUGACCUCUCCCGUGCGGCUCACGAUGCCGUCUUGCAUAUGAAAGGCAAACAUGAACUUUCGUCCCUUCUCGUCGGCCCUAUAGCCGUCCUUUCCAUCCCGCAGGUGUCGCCAGAGCACUUGAAGGCCGCAAUGACGAUCCUUGCCCCCAAGGCGAUCGGCUUCCCCGCUCCCACUCGCAAGGCCAACCCGGAUUGGCACGGACUGUCCGUCCAGAACGGAUUGCAAAAGUUGAGCGUGCUGGCUGCGCGGGUAGAUGGCCAGGUGUUCGAUGUCGACCAGACCAAGUGGGUCGGCAGCAUUGAAGGUGGUAUGGAUGGCUUGCGGUCUCAACUUGUUAUGGCCCUGCAGAGCAUGGGAUCUAGCGUCACAAACGCGUUGGAAGGUGCCGGAAAGAGCCUCUACUUCACUCUUGAGAGCCGGAGGAACGUCUUGGAGGAGGAGCAGAAAGGUCCGGAGGCUGGGGACAAGAAUGAAUCUUAA